GCCCUGGGUGGUAUUGCUUUUUCUCCAGCGGUCGCCUUUGCUGAGGCUCCCAAGAGAAAACCCAUCUACGAUGAAGCCGAGCACUACUCCCCGCUGCCCUCAGCACCAUCACCGCCGGCGAUUCUCCCGAGCCAGCCCAUCCAGGACAACAGCAGCAGCAACGAGGACGAGCAGCCGUCCUGGACCCCGACCCCGACCGACCGCCUAGCCGUCCAGGUCGGCCGCGCACGCCUGUUCCUCUACAGCGUCGCCGUCGCCGCCGAGAAUAAGGUCAACCAGACCGUCGACUCAGCCUUUGACCUCGAGCAGUCCUUCACCCGCACAAUCGCCUCCCUGGCGCCCCCGCGCGAGAGCGGCGAGAAGCUCAUGCCCGGCGCCAUCUACGUCCUCGUCGCCGCCAUGGCCGGCAGCAUCCUCACCCGCAACCGCAACGUCGUGCUUCGCGCCACCAUGCCCUUUGCCCUGGGCGUCGGCGCCGGCUGGACCGUGCUGCCCAUCACGAUGAGGAACGUCUCCGACCUGGCGUGGAAGUACGAGCAGAAAUUCCCCGCCGUGGCCGAGUCUCACGUCAAGCUGCGCGAGGGUAUCCAAAAGACCAUUUCGUUUGCCAAGGUCCACAGGGAGGUGGGUGUACAGUACGUUGACGACAAGGUCACUGACGUGCGGGAGGCGUUGGAGAACUGGGUUAAGCAGGGGAAAUAA